GAAAUGCUUAACAGUGUAUAAUUGUGGAGUUACAUUAAGUUAAUUCUUGGAACAGAAUCUUUUUUCAUUGUUAUUGACAGGAAACAUCUGUAGUUGGCAAUGUGUGUGAGCUGAGGUUACUAUAGGACAGUAGAAACGCAUAGAAUCAAGGCAGUCAGAUACUUAAUUUGUUGCAUGUGGGAGUCAGGCUAAUUCCAUCCUCAAGCGUUACUGAUAAAAUGCAAAGAUAAUUAAAUUGAGAAUAAAAUAGACACCCAAUCGAAAAUGGCUCAUCAGAAGUAACUGCAGACCAUAGUCAAGCAGGGGGAAGUUAAGACAAGAUUUAGAACUCUUUAGAAGUUAAAUUCAUUGCAAAUUAUGAAUAUUGGAAGUGAGCUGUACCCUGGCUGGGACUUCUCAUGUCAGCCUAAUGAAGCGACCACAGCUUGGCAUUUGCCAGAGGAAUCUUCUAUCUGGAUUGACCCAGAUAUGGAUGAUGAAGAAAUCCCAGCAGUUUUGAGUCCAACAUAUAAACAACGGAAUGAGGAUUUCAGAAAACUCUUUAAGCAGCUGCCAGACACAGAACGACUCAUUGUUGAUUACUCAUGUGCCCUUCAAAGGGACAUCCUCCUGCAGGGGCGUCUCUACCUCUCAGAAAAUUGGAUCUGUUUCUAUAGCAACAUCUUCAGAUGGGAAACACUGCUCACUGUACGUCUUAAGGAUGUUUGCUCAAUGACAAAGGAGAAAACAGCUCGCCUCAUUCCUAAUGCUGUCCAAGUUUGCACUGACACUGAAAAGCACUUUUUUACUUCAUUUGGAGCCCGAGACAGAACCUACAUGAUGAUGUUCAGACUCUGGCAAAAUGCACUGCUUGAAAAGCCUCUUUGUCCCAAAGAGCUGUGGCACUUUGUUCAUCAGUGUUAUGGGAAUGAGCUUGGUCUAACCAGUGAUGAUGAAGAUUAUGUUCCCCCAGAUGAUGACUUCAAUACAAUGGGGUUCAGUGAAGAAAUCCCAGUGGAAGAAGUAGAGGUGAAUGAUAAUGCAUCUAAAAGCAGCUUAGAAGUGAAGACAGAUGCCAGUCCACAGAUGCACAAGAAAUCAGUCACGACCAGCACAAUAACCUCCACAGGGAGCAGUGAAGCCCCUGCCGCAUUUGAUGGCAUUCCACCAGACGAGGAGAUUGACUGUCAGCCAGAAGGUGAAAUUGAAGCCCCUCAGGCCAUUGAGAAGAAUGAAAUCAGUUUGCCAGUAAACACUCCUUCCCUGGACUUUAACGAUAAUGAGGACAUUCCAACAGAACUUAGUGAUUCCUCUGAAACACACGAUGAAGUGGGACUAACUACAGCUGAUUUUAAAAAACUGAAAACAGGAGAAGUACAAGCGUUUUAUGAUGACCUCAAUGGCAGACAGUACAUUAAUGAGGUUUUUCAUGUCAGCGUGGACAAGCUGUAUGAUUUACUCUUCACUGACUCCCAAUUUCUACGAGAUUUCUUUGAGCAACGGAGAUUCACUGACAUGGUUAGUCAUCCCUGGAAGAAAGAAGUAAAUGGCAAUCAGACCCGAGUGAUAUUGUACACUAUUGCUCUCUCAAACCCACUUGCGCCAAAAACUGCCACAGUGACUGAGACCCAGACUUUGUACAAAGCCAGCCAGGAGAGUGAGUGUUAUGUGAUCGAUGCAGAGGUGAUUACGCAUGAUGUUCCAUAUCAUGACUAUUUCUACACAAUCAACAGAUACAGUCUUAUGCGGGUGGCAAAAAACAAAAGCAGACUGAGGAUAUCAACCGAACUGAAGUAUAGGAAACAGCCAUGGGGGUUAGUGAAAUCAUUCAUUGAGAAGAAUUUUUGGAGUGGUUUAGAUGACUACUUUAGACAUUUAGAUAUUGAACUUGCAAAAGUAGAAAAACAGUAUGCUGCUGAAUUGCACAGGCAAUCUCCAAAAGAGAAGCCUAACAAAUCAUCCACAAUUCGAAGGAGAAAACGGCCUCACAUGCAUGUGCGAAGCCAACACCUUGUUGAAACGGUCAGCCCUGUUACUACGCCGACUGACGAAGAGGUAGCCCAGAGGAUUAAACAUGUGGCAGGUUCCACACAAACUAAGCAUAUCCCAGAAGAAAUUCCAGGAGGAAUUCAACUUUACAGUGUUUCCAAGUUAUUGCUCAUCAUAAGCUUUGUCUUGGUGUUAUUAGUAUUUCUGAAUAUGAUGCUAUUUUACAAGCUAUGGAUGUUGGAAUAUACAACACAGAGUCUCACUACCUGGCAUGGGAUCAGGUUCCAGGAGAGCAAACUUCCCCAGUCACAGGUGGAAUGGGCCCAGUUAUUAGAGUCACAACAACGUUACCAUGAUGCUGAACUGCAGAAAUGGAAAGAGAUUUUAAAAUCAUCAGUGGUGCUUCUAGAUCAGAUGAGAGACUCGUUAGUAACUCUACAAAAAGGCAUCGGUUUGCGUGAUUACAGUUCUGAAACAGACAAACGAGAUCGGUUUCACUGAUGGGCAUUACCAAGGCCGAAGAGGGAAUAGUGUGCAAUAUAGUUAUGUAUAAAUUAUAUGAAUCUUAUAUAUAUAUAUAUAUAGAAAUAUAUAUAUGUAGCUAUAUAUAUAUAUAUAUAUAUAUAUAUAUAGAAAUUUAAAAAAGAACACUGGAAUCACACGCUGAGUUGGACCUUCAGGACUGCUGCCCCGUCAGCAGAAUCACAAUUGACAAAAUCAAGAUCCUUUACUGAUUAGAAACUGUGGCAGAGUUAAAUCCUGACAGCACUGAAGCAUCAUGAGAAGACAACAGCCUCGCUAAUCUGACUACACACUCCUUGUAAAUCCUAGAAUGUUGUACUGUAAGCUUUAACAUGUAACAAAAGCAUGUAAUGAUUUGUGGGCUGUCUCUGUUGUGGAAGACAUGUAAAUUGAAAUUCCAUGUGCUCUGUGUUAAAGUAAGAUAUUUAUCAAACACAAAUAGGAGCAGGAUGAGGAUCUUGAAACUACAGGUCAUUGUGCCUGCAAAAACACCAUUUAUUAUUAUUAACAGAUUAAUCAAAUGUAUUGAUUCUGGCUCAAUGAUGGAUAAAGAAACUGUGAAUAUCUGUAUUGGUAAAACUUGAAGACAUUCUAAAUUACAAGUGACUUGCAGAUGUAUGGCAUGUCAGUCUGUUCAGUUUUAGUUCUACAGUUGUACAGUAGAAAAUUGAAAACCUACAGAGAAGUAACUGGAAUCGUGAUGUGACUGACUUAGAUAUUUAUAUUAUUGUAUAUACAGACUAAACAAUCUAUUAUAGGCAGGUCACAGAAUGUAUAGAGCAAAAGCAUAUCUGUGUUCUGUAACUCUCAUUGCAGCAUGUCUAGAUGCUGCAAAUUGCUCACCUGAUGCUCACAGAAUGCAUGUGUGGAACCUGACUGUGAGGCAUUCCGUGUUCUGUGUUAAAAAGAUAACAGUUUGCUGCAGAUGAAAGUGUCAUUAUCAGUACCAUUAAAGUACUGAGGGAAUUGCAGGGGAGUGCAAGGCUGAUGAGAUGUAUGUUGUCACGUUUAGCAGUGCUGCAGAAGUAUGCCAUGUUCAACUUUUAUUUCUACAGUUGUAUUGUAGAAAAUUUUAAAAAAAAACAGAUUAGUACAGUUUUCUUUCUAUGUAUAUAUAUGUUAAUAAUUUUGACUGGUUUAAUGAGAUUUAAAUUUCUCAGCAGGAGUCCAUAGCUAUAAAUUAUUAAAAGGAGGAGUUAAGGAUUUAUCUUGAAUUUCCCUGUUGGAUUUGGCCUAAGGCCAAGCAGGAUCUUAUUGGGUUCAGUGGGAUUUUUAACUUAGAUGUCCUGGCAUUUUGAAGAACAGAAAACACCCUUCUUGCUGACAUAGCACAUGGAAGAUACAAGGAUAUAAUGUUUAGUGACCAACGCUCGAUGAGAGUAGCUCAUGAGAACAGAGAUAAAUGUGAUAACAGGAGUGUUGUGCAGGAACACACAUGCUGCUUGGUGGAAUAGGUCUAGAGAACUGAUAAAAUGAAGUGGCAACAGCCAAGCACUUUAAUCCACCCAGGUCCCAGUAUCGUCUUUGAACUCAUAUAUGCUGACUCUUUAAACAAACGUUGGUAGAUAAUUUGCAAUAAUAUGUGCAAGAAUAAAAACCUUGGAAAUGGAGGCUCAUCUGAUGCAAACUGUUUAGAACUAAACAAAUUAUCUCCUGUUCCCAUAGUUCAAAAAAAUUAAUAUUUAAAUAGUUUAUUUAUGACAUGUUAUUGUGAGCUGACUGAAUCGGCAAGUAUGGUGCGUAGGUUGAUUUGAUGCUGAAUUGCUUCUUCAUCUUGCUCCAAGAUUGACCAGCAUUGUUGAGCAUUCAUUUCAUUGGCCACUCUGGACUUGACGUGUUUAAAGUAAUGUUGGGAUAUAUUGGGGGUGGUAGGGGAUUGAAUUCUGAUGUUUCAGAAACAAAAAAAGUGUUGUCAGGCCUCAGUGCUUUUCAACAUGAAAUUUAUGAUAACUUGGUUCCGUAGAUGUUCCCUCCCAGAAUUGUGGAUUCUAUUAGUGCUGUUUUAUUAGUCUUAUGGAAACCAAUGUUUCUAAGACGUGUAAUGAAUUCUGGAGGAAAAACAAUGUGCUUGAGAAUUUUCAAGGAAAUUAAACUUUAGUAACUUACUCCAUUAGCGCAUCUUACCUGACUGUGUCCCUGCGUGGAUAAUUCCUAGAUUUAUAAUACAUCUGCCAACGUGUACUAUGUCAAUGCAGUCAGAUGCAAUAAGAUGUGAUACCAAAAUGAAGGUGCUUUAAUAUGAUUGAUACGACCUCUUCUUAAAAGAAAUGAAUUUCUAAAAAGAACAAAACUUCCUAUUAGCUCCAAAGUUUGUGUUGUCAAUCUGAAAUUAUUUAACAAUAUUUAAUAAAUUAAAAUGAGAUGUGUGUGAUCGAUGAGCUAUUUGCAUUGUGUAACCACAAAUAGCCAGACACAUACCAGUGCAUUGUAAAAUAUUGACAGAAUAUUUCAGUGCAAUUCAUCCAUAAGCCCACGAUAUAUUGUCUUAAGACAGACCCAGCCUACAUCCCCCAAUCCACUUCAAUUGUGGGAAAUAGAUAGACAGAGCCAUGAAUAAUUCUAAUGUAGACUUUGGCUGUUUUGAUAAGUGUUGAAAAAUUUGAUCCAAUAACAUCGUUAUUCUAUGAACAGAUCACCCUGAGAUACUGCAUUCACCUUGCUUUUUUGUCGUGCACUGAAACCAUGUUUAAUGUGAAUGGUAGAAUCAAAUGUCAGAUCGUUUGCAGUAAAGUCACAAUUCGGACUUGAUGGGUUUUUAAUGUCAAUCACUCCAUAUGCAGCAGUAUCAUAUUGAUAAGCAUAGGUUUUGCUUUUUGUACUAAAGUAAUUCUUUUAAAAUUCUAAACUCAUUGCCACAUUUUUGUGUUGCCUUUAAUACUUGAGACUAUAUUUUCAAUUAAAAAUAGUUGAAGAAACAUUGGUACUGCAAAACAAAAUUGGAUAUUUUGACACUGUUCAGCUGCUUACUAUUUUUGUGCCUGUGUUCAGUAUUGCAUAGUUUUUCCAGCAUAUUAUUAGUUGAAAGGCUUUCUUAAAUCUGCUCAGUUAUAUGGCAUAGAUAGUAGGAACUGCAGAUGCUGGAGAAUCUGAGAUAACAAGGUUUUGUUUUCAGAGUUUGCAUUAUGUAUAGCAUCAAAGAUCAGUUGAGCAGAAUUGCAGAAAAGUGCUAGAAUCAGGAAAUAGUAGUGCAGGCCUGAAAGUAAGUUUGCAAGCCAUGAAUAAAUGAGUGAUUGAGAGCAUGUGUGCCUGUAUCUGUCAGAAGGGAAGAGACAAGUUACUUAAAUACAUAAUUCAAAUUCUGUGCCGACAACUGGGUGACACUCUGCGAAUCAACUUUGAAUUCCUCACAUGACACUGUUGAAGCAGUCUAAAUGAAAAUAUAUUCCCAUUAAACUGGGCUAAUCUUCUUAGAAUACAGUACCAUUCUUAAUGUGUUAUUCUUACAGAGAUAUCCCACAGCUAUCCAGUUUAAGAAAUUGUAAAAUGUCCUAUAUGGAUUAUCCAAAGUCUUAGGACAAAUUCUAAAACAAAAUUUAUUCUAUUGGAUGUUUUGUAAAGGUGGAUUUUUGUAUUUAUUUACAUGGAAUUUACUGACUUAGCUGUUUAUUUUAUUUCUUACUUUUCUUAUAACAAGUGUUACUAUGAGUGAAGGAUGAUUUGGUUUAAAUUUGUUGAUUCUUUUUUAAGGUAGAACAGUGAGUUUUACCAUGAUAUAGUAAUCAUUAUUGUAAUGAAGGUGGUAAAGUGACCCUGUGCUUGAAAAUAACUUGUGACCAAAAGAAUUCUAAAAGUAUAGAACAACAGUAAAAUAGAUCUGGUCCAAUGAAUUAUAGUAAACAUUUUUCGAAGUAAUUAUUUCUAGUCAUUUUGUAUUGAUAUGACACUUCUGAAAUCUGUGUAUUGAUAUGACUUAAGAGUUAAAUUACAUUUUCAGAAACAGUCUCCUGUAUUGCAAAACAUAUUAACAACAAGUAAGUGUGUUUAGGAUCCAUUUUGACAUGCAUUGCCUCGUUUACUCUGAUCUAUAUCCAAGUUCUUGAGGGACUUUGUCCACCUUUGUCUCUUGUUUAUCCAUAAAAUGAAAAACCAUGAUUAGCAUAUGUUUUAGUGAUUCCCAAAUUUAGCAUAAAUCUAAAAUCAGACCAAGGUAGAUGAAGCACCAUUCCUGAUAACACAGAGCUAUGCUGCAUAUGGUUGUGUAUAUGGUAUUCCUAAUAUUGGUCUAGAAACCAAGCUGCACAGCCUGUUAAAUUUAGUAUAGUAGGUAGAAUGUGCAUGAUGAACACAAGCAGAAAGUUUGCUAGUAGAGUCAAAAAAUCAUACAGACAAGAAGUCUAACCCUUCCUUCAGACCUCCCACUACAGAUUUGGUUUAUCCUCAAGGAAGAAAUAGAAAAUUAUGGAAAUACUUGGCGAGCCAGUUAGCAUAUGUGGAGAGAGAAACAUAGUUAAAGGUAAAGAUUUACAGAUGGCAGACAGAUCCUGCAUCGCCUGCCUCCACUCCUGGAAGGAAAACAGCGACGAUUGACAGACGAAUAACAAGCUUGUCCUGCAGCAAGAAAGCACGGUGAGCAGGCCACAUUACUGCAAAGUGCUACUUCCAGCCCUCAGUUGGGGGAAGUCCCAUCUGCAUAGCUGGUAGCUCUGAAAGCUAAGUGCCGGAGCAGAGCUCCGUGGUGAGCACUGAUAGAUUUGAAAGAACCAUGAAGAAAGCCCACUGGAUCCUACAUCCAGGUAAGUUACGCAUGGUGGAAGUGGAAAAUGAAUUUUUAACGCCAUGUGGAAGGAGGUGGGCCUCCUGCUGUCUGUGUGGCCUUGCAGAUGGAUGUGACAUUCCUUCCCACCCUUUUAAAACUUUCUUAAAAAAUGGGCUGCCAGAAUCCCACUCACCUGCUCAUCCCAACUAUUUUAUGUCAUGGGUGUAUAAUAUUGGGGGGGGAAUUGAUCUUUUAACGAGAUCAAUUGAACACUCAUUAUUUCUUAACAUAAGAAAUAGGAGCAGGAGUAAGCCAUUCGGCCCCUUAAGCCUGCUGCACCAUUCAAUAUGAUCAUGGCUGAUCCAACACAUCCAAGUACACUUUACUGCCCUUUCCCUGUAAUCCUUGAUUCCCCUACUAAUCGAGAUAUGAUGGGCAGGCUGCUGAUUUCAGGACCCAUUCACCAUCUGUAAUGGGGAGAACUCAGGUGAAAUGAGAAAAUGGUGGAGUAGCCAUCUGCUCUACUUUAUUUGAAACCCCUGUAUUGGCCAGACUCUCAUUUCAGAUUUGCAAACUCAUGUUGACAUGAAACAUUGACAUUGUUUCUCAUUCCACAGCUGCUGCUGAUUUGCUGAGUAUUUCCUGCAUUUUCUGUUUUAUUUCAGAUUUCCAGUAUCUGCAGUUUGCUGUUUUGUGCUGCUUUUGCCUGAGUUAGCUGGUGCUGGCACCAGCUACACUCAAGUAAAAUAAACGUACGGUAAUGUAGAGGGUCUAAAAGGAACCACCUGUUAUACUCUAAUCAAUAAGGUUUCAAAAUCUAUUUACAUGUCGAACCAGGAGGAGUAGGAAUUCCAAUUAUGAUCCCACAUUCAGCACGGAAAGUGAAUUGCCAUUGUUUUCCCAGUCUUUAUCGAUGCUGCUGUCUUCCUUUGCUGGUCACCAGCACUAACUCCUACCCUUUAAACCCUUAUCUUGACAUUUUUUCUUUCCCAAUAUGAUCAAUCCCUAAUAUUGGGCAGCCUCUCUUGUUGUCACAGCAGGUCAAUCAUUAGUCGUGCUUCACUGUUGACCUGUUUACUAUAUACUGUACAAUAUUAAUGAGACCUGAUGUAGAAUAACAGAUGUGCCUCAGAUCUGAACAUUCAGGUGUAGGGGGUUCAUGUUGUAAAUACCACACACACACAAACAAAAACCUACCACCACCAUGCCCAAAUACGGUGCACCCAAAUUUCUAGGCUGUGGAUUUUAGGAGUUUUUUUCACCAUUCCUGGCGGAAUACGUUUCAACGUUAUUUUUGUACACCUACUGUUAAAUCUAUAAUGUGUGCUGUCAAUCCACAGUGGUCAUCCUCCUUACAAGUUCUUAUUACUCAAGGUAAAAGGUGUAUUGUUGUAUUUUCUUUUCCUUGAAAGUAGUAUUAUUUCUGAAAAAGUUCGACAACCCAUAUAAAGUCUUGUGGAGUCAUUUAUCUUUUGAUAUUCAAACAUCAAACCACAUAUUGAAUUCUCUUUAUUGUUAAAAUCAUAUUAAAGGAAUUUGUUGUUCAGAGGAGUUCUAUGGGCUGAACAUUUUCAAAAGUUUGUGGUAAGAGUUUUUUUAUUACAUUGAUUGCCGUCGUGCUACAAGACGUGGAGCGAUGAUCACUUUACGGUUUGCAGGAUUUGAAAAUGUGAAUAUGAUGACAGUAUAGUUUAAAAGGGACAGUGUCUGCCUCAUGUGGGUCAUUAAACUCGUUUGUUUCUUUUCAAAUAAUGCAAAGAAUCACAGAAGUCAUUAUUAUUCAUUGCUGCACUUUUUUAAACAGACAUGGUGCAUGAAGAAUUGAACAAAAUAACUUACUGCAACAGUUGGAGUCCAUUACUAGAAAAUUAAUUCUAAUUAUUAACUUUACAUUGUUACCAACUGAAAUGUGCAAAAUGUUUUUCAUAUGUACAGGAAUACAGUAGAUGCUGUAUUGCAGAUGUUCUGAUAAUACUAAAUGAUUCCUUUAUCCCUUUUUUUCUGAAUUGUAUAAACUCUAUAUAAAUGCAUGGGGAAUGAACUGGUGUCUGAGGAAAAUUCCCCUUUCAAAAUGAACCUUCCCAUUGUACAGGGUGUCUGCUAGUUGGCUGAUGCUGUACUAUAAUGUAAUUUAGGUCAAAUAACCAUGGUGCCCACUCCAGGCAGAUAUUUCUUUUUUAAAUAUGAUGCAUGUGUAUCUGAUGCUGCCUCAUGCUGGCCUACAGGCUAUGCAACCAAUGUCAGUUGAAAUGAGAUAAAAUCUGAUUGUGUGGCUUGACUAUGCCUGAUAUUAUGUAACAAAGUAUCACGAUGUGCACUCAAAUACAAGGUACAUUUUUUUAGAACUGUUUUGAUCUCCAUAUGAAAUGUAGUUGUAAACUCUGCGCUGUGCGCAGGUUUAGUUUUAAUAACCUCACCUACUGGAGUUUAGGUUACUAUGGCAACCCACAUGUAAGUUAAUGUAGACA